UUUGUCCGACAAACAAACCAGUCCGACAAAGCAGGUGUAGUAGACUAACAUCGGCGAUGAAAAAUGGUGAAAAGGUGCUCGUAUGGGACUUGCAACGCAGACAGCAGGUACCCAGAAAGGCUGGGCAACAUACAGUUUCACCCAUUUCCUAAACCUGCAACAAACCUGGAGAAGUGUAUGAAGUGGAUACGUUUGUGUGGAUGGCCUCAUCAGCAACUGAGUUUGGACAAGCUGAGGAAUCAUUCAACAGCCAAACACAUCUAUGUGUGUUCAAAGCACUUCGUUGACGGCCGACCGACACCCGCUCAUCCUGAUCCUCUGCCAGCAUUGACAUAUGACCGUAGUAACGUUACACCUGUGAGACAUCCGCCAAAGUUGCGAACAGUGUCAGUGCCACCAAGGAAAAGACGAGUUGACAGCAUGCCAGACAAUGCUGAAAACAGCAGAGUCAGGUGUGAUCUACAAGGCGUUUCCAUGGAUAUUACAGGAGAGAUGGCAACAGAAUCAUUAAUGGAGGAUACCACUACAGAGGAGACCACUAUAUUCACUGAAAUAGGUAUGUGUUUUUUUUUUUUUUUUUUUGAGUGCACAGAUGACCAACCUCAGAUGGGAGAAAUACAGGAGGAACUGAAAAGGAUGAAGGCUCUUCUCGCUCAAAAAGAAAAAGAAAAAGAAAAUGAUCUGCUAAGGGAGAAAAUGCAAACUGGUCAGGCUCCUUACCCACUAACUCCAGAGACCAUAAACAACAGCAGUGUGCCUAACUACUUUGGAUACUGCAAUGGGGACAUCAUCACAGAAAACAUGCCUGAAAACUACAAAGCAGAGUUUCCAACAACUUUUGCAAUUCUUGAUUGCACAGAGCUGAAGAUCGAGAAACCCAGCUCAUUGUUGCAAAGUCAGACUUAUUCUAACUAUAAGUCCACUAACACACAUAAGUCUCUGAUAGCCUGCGAUCCUCGUGGCUCCAUUAUGUUUACAUCUACACUUUACACCGGAUCAAUUUCUGACCAAGAGCUAUUUAGACAGUGA